AUGAACACGACCAGCACCAAGUGGGUGCCAUCCUUGACCAAUGACGAGUACGGCAUGUUCCCAGUUGAGGAGAUGGUGCUCGCAGGUAGGCGGCAGAAAGUGUACAAGAAUGUGAGUCCCCCUACAUCAACCGCUGACAAUCAGCUGCCGAAGACGUUCCGCCAUCUUCUGCGGGAGGGUACGCGCAAGUUCGCCGAUCGGGUCGUGGUCUCCUCGCCGAUCCCCUUGCCGGCCGACUUCUACGCGCGAGAGGAGCUCACCUUCCAGCAAGUCUACGACCGCGCCUUGGCGCUUGCCGGCAUUCUGCGCGAGCGUGGAGUCAAGGUCGGAGACAAGGUCGCGCUGGGCGGGAACAACUCCGCCGACUGGGUCAUCGCCUUCGUUGCGCUGCAGCUGCUCGGCGUCAAUGGCGUGCUCCUCAACGCAACUCUGACGCCGGAGGCGCAGGUGCACUGCCUCGCUCUCACGGGGCCCAAAUUUGUGCUCGUUGAGGAAGCUAUGGCGGGAGAGAUUGGCCCGCUCGCAGAUGAGCUCAAGAGCAAGGGCGUUGGGCCCAUCUGGUGCUGGAGCAGCGUCAAACACCUGCCCGCCGCGGCGCAGGCGGGCGUGCAAGAAAUCUCGAGCCUCAAACCUGCCGCCGCGCAAACCGUGCGCGACAUCGAUGCCGGCACGAGUCUCGAGGGACUCGAGGCUGACUCGGACGCGUUCAUCGCCUUCACAUCGGGCACGACGAGCAUGCCGAAGGGCGUACUGCUCUCGCACCGGGCGGCGCUGCACAUGCUUCAGACAUCGCCUCUGAUCAUGGCACGCGCGCUCUUGCGCAAUGGACGCACUCUUGAUGAGGUCAUGGAGUUGAUGAACACGCCCCCGCCCCAACAGCCAUGUCAUCUGAUGGCUACGCCCCUGUUCCACGUUACGGCGCUGUGCGGCGGCUUCAUCGCGCAGUACGCCUCGGGCAUCAAGUCCGUCUUCAUGCGCCGCUGGAGCGUGCCGGAGGCCGUUAAGCUUAUUGUGGCCAACAACGUCCAGUUCCUCGGUGGCGUACCGGCCGUCGUGCAGAGUGUGCUGCAGUCUCCCGACCUGCCGAAGGACUGGGUGUUCAACCGCUUCUCGUACGGCGGCGCUCCGCCGCCGACCCGUCUGGCCGGAGACCUCGUCAAGCGCUGGCCGGGAGCUAUGCCUGCGAUGCACGUCGGCUUCUGCGGGCCAGACUACGUCAGCAAGCCCGAGGCCGUCGGGCCGCCCAUGCCGAUCAAUGAGAUCCGUAUCGUCGACCCGGAGACUAGGGCCGUGCUCCCCACCCGCGGCUUUGGCAUCAUCGAGGCUCGUGGCUCCAACAUGAUGAAGGGAUACUACAACAACCCGAAGGCGAACAUUGAGACUAUCAACGAGGACGGCUGGCUGGACACGGGAGACAUGGGCUUCAUUGACGAGGACGGCGACCUCUGGAUCCCGAAGGACAUGAUCAUCCGUGGCGGCGAGAACAUCGCGAGCGCUGAGGUUGAGUACGUCGUGAGCCAGGAUGAGCGCAUGGCCUGUGUCGCGGCGGUUGCUGUGCCGGACGACGUGCUCGGCGAGCUCGUCGGCAUUGCUGUUGAGCUCGCCCCUGGUCAGGUGGUUAGUCCCCAGGAAAUUAUCGAUUUUGCGGAUGCCAGACUGCGAUACCCCGCCCGCCCAGUCAUUUGCGUUGUGUUUGACGAACUGCGUAAGUUUACCGGAGCGAGCCCGACUGACCCCAGCACGCGGCGCGACGAACAAGGUGCUCAAGAACGAGGUCAAGAAGGUAGUCCUUGA